CGUGGAGAGGCUGCUAGUGAUUGGCAUCAAAUAGACUACGUUACAGCUCACAAGGCUCACACUGUGGGCACGACGGACUACUUCUUCUUCGAAUACAUCACGCCAUCACAGCCCGGCCACGCGGCUGAACUCUUUCGCUCGACUUACGGCUACACUUCAACUACACUCAUUCUACUCCUGUUUCGACGAAACACAGUCUGACUAUCUCUUUCAUUGUCAUUUGAUUGUAGUGAGCUCUGUUGAAAACUACAUCCAAUCCUCAUGUUGAGAAUCAAUUUAGAAGGAUUGCACGAAGAUAAAGAAAGAGGAAUCAACGAAAUCGAAUGGUACUAAGUACCACUCGAAAAGGAAGAACAAUAAGAUUGACAAUUUUAUCUCGUCUAUCCUCAUCAUCUAAUCUCCCGAAGCCACAGACUUCGCUUCCCCAGCCAGCAGUACGAUGCGAUUUCUGCAUGUUGGUUCCGCAUAUGCGGAAACAGUUGUUGGAGAUGACGCCAAAUUCUGUGACCCGGCUGACAAUACCAAAGACUGCGAAAAAUAUCGCGCAGCCGCGCUGAGGGUGGACCAGUGGACAGAUGCCGACACGUCUUGUAAGAAAGCUG